AUGGUGUCGACUAUUUUAUUCGUCCUCUGCUAUUUAGCAUUGGUUCAGGAGAUGAAUUGUGAACCAAAUAUAGUAUACAAAAUGAAGAAUAUUGAAUGUCACACUGAUCCAAAGUAUUCGACAAAUGCGUCCUGCCGAGUGAUGGCCAUCAAUUGGAAUAAAUCUGUUGCCAAUAUGGACGUAGAUCUCGUAAAACCAUUAAAAAACAUAUCGUUACAAUUGCAGCUCUUCAAAAAGGAUUAUACCAACAAGUACCAACCAUUUUUGGUCAAUGUGUGGAUGAACAUUUGCUCAAUAUUAUCGAGGCAAAACUUUUUACCGUACGGAGUGAUUGUGCUGAAAGUAACAAAGUCAUUUUCCAAUUUCAAUCAUACUUGUCCUUAUGAGGGUCAUUUGUUUGCUAGGGGCGUUUACUUAGAAGAGCAAUUUCUGCCAAAUAACCUUCCUUUGGGUUACUAUAGGAUAAACGUUAAAGUUUUUGAGACCUCUCCCAUUACCCUUGAUUAUGUGGGCGAAAUUGCUGGUUAUGUUAAUGCCAUGGAGCCCAUUAAAACAAAAAAGAAAAACAAAAUACCUUCGAGUCAGGAUAAUUGA